GUCAAGGUUAUAGGUAUUACAAAGUUUAUGUUUUGUGGAAAAAAAACGGGAAAACUUAGAAGUUAGUGAAUUUACUUAAAAAUUCCGGUAAAGUGAACGAAUUUUUCAUUUUAAACAAUAUAAAAAAAUGAAUAUUGCAUUUCAACAUACAACCAGAUUAAUAACGAGACAUGUGAAAAGAAAACUGUUGCGAAAGUAUUCAACUGAAUCGUUAAUAGUUACCAAAGAAGUAGAAAGGGCAGGACUUAUUAUUCUCAAUAGACCUCACGUUUUAAAUGCUCUUAAUGAAAUAAUGAUCAAUGAAACAAUAGAACUACUUUCAAAAUGGGAAACUAAAAAAGAAUUUGUUGUUAUAAAAGGGAUAGAAUCUAGAGCAUUUUGUACUGGAGGAGACAUAUUAGAAUGCCUCAAGGCUAUUGAAAGGACUAAAAAUAUUAAUAUAUUAUAUGAAUAUAUAAAAAAAUUGAAUGAAAUAUUAUAUUUAUUAUUUACUUAUAAAAUACCAAUAAUUUCAAUAAUUGAUGGUAUAGCUUUUGGAGCAGGAGCAUCAAUGGCUGUUUUUUCAAAACAUCCAAUCGUUACAGAAAAUACUUUAUUAUCAAUGCCCGAGGUUAAAUUUGGUUUCCAUCCAAAUGCAGGAGGAUCAUACUUCCUAAAUAAACUUGAUAUACCUCUCCGUAAUUUCCUGGCAUUAACGGGACAUGUAUUGAAAGGAGCAGAUUUAAUUCACAUAGGAUACUCUAAAAACUUUUGCUACAGUAAAAAUAUAAAGAAAAUGGAAGAAGAUAUUCUAAAUUGCUCAGUUACAAAUGACCAGCAUUUUAAUAUUGAGAAAUAUUGCGAAAAAACUAUACCAGAAAGCUACGUAGCUACAUUAAUGGAUAAAAUUAAUAGAUGUUUUAAUGAAGAAACUGUUGAAGAUAUUAUUUCAAAGCUAAAAGAUGAUAACUCUCUUUGGUCUAAAGAAACGAGAAGAUUACUGGAGACUUAUUCACCUACAAGCUUAAAAGUUAUUCUUAGACAAAUGCAAAUAACCAGAAAUAUGAACUUAAGAGAUUGCUUAACAUUGGAAAGUAACUUAUCUCCUAAUUUUUACAGAUUCACGGACGUCUUGGAAGGAACCAAAGCUAUUAUUGUGGAUAAGACAUAUAAACCGAUGUGGAAUCCAUCGAAAUUAUCAGAUGUCACAGAAGAAUUAAUUCAAAAUCAUUUCAAAUCCAAUAACGAUAAAUCGCAUAAAGAAAUGUUGGAUAGAAGAGACACCCUGCAAAAUGAUUCGAACAAUAAAUAAAUAUUUCGUUAUUAUAUUGUGUGCUGUUUAACUACAACCCCUAUACUCAACAUAUUAAAUUCAAUCGAUUGAUUUUGUUACGGUUUGAAAACCAGUCAUAUUCAAAUUAUGAAAAGGGCCAAUAGAAAUUCCCAAUUUUAUACAUACUGAAUGCACUACCACUACCACAACACUCACAAUUACACUAUUUGACGCGCGUUUCGAUAACCAAGGUAUCGUCUUCAGGCACUGAAGAUAAAGGAAAACCUAUUAACUUAACUUUCAUAGAUACCACUCUUUUCCCAGUCUGGUAUUCUAUCCUUGGGUUUACCGAAUAAAUUUCCUGGAUUUUUAAACAAAUUUUAAGCC